GACGGACAAAUUAUUACUACUCGUGCGAUUUUGCGGCAGGAUGACGGCCCAGGCCUCGCGGAAUACUCAUGCUCCGUCUCGUCGAGAUCGUGAUGGAAGCCGUUCUGGACGCUGAACUCACGUCAUUAUUGCCAACUGCAUGUCUUGGAGGGACUUGGACCGAUGCACGCUGUAUGCAGGGCACAGAAGCGAGUCGCGGCCGUUUUCGACAACUAUACAAAUCACAGCGUUCGAGGUAUGGUACGUCCUGCGAUGUCGUGCAGCUGCCCGUACGUCAACGCCUGGGCGGACGUCGGCUCCCCCGCCGCCUGCCACCUCGUACUUCGCCUCGCCCUAUGGCUGCAGAACAACCUGGAUCUCGAGGAAUUAUGACGAAAUCCAACGCGGGACGCGCGAAUAUUGGACAUCUCCGAGUCUGGUCCCGGGCGUCAGAUCUUUUUGGCAAAGCCGUUUGUCACUCAUCUCGCCUGCGCCGAUGGAGCGGGAUUCGCGUGGCUGCGGCAGACGUGAGUGUGGCGCCGCGAUGAAAAUCAUAACACACCAGCACCACCCACGACAAACCACGCUCCAAGACUGCAGCGCCUCGGAACGCAGCCGCAUCCUUCCACCUUGCAAAUGAACGCCUCGCCAAACACGUUUGUAUCCAUCCCCCAGCUUCUCGCCCACCUGCAUGCCGUCGGCCAAUGUCCUGUCGUAGACUCGGCCUGUGACCUGUCGCAGGAUUCGCCGGCCACAAACGCGGUUGAUUUUGGCUCUCGACGUCUCCACUUGCUACACACCACCCGCCACAUCUAUCAUCCUAACCGAACCACCGAUACCCUGCACAGUGCGCCUGACACGGCGGCAUGCCCCUCGCCCCUCCCCGCCCGAUUCAGCCAUGGCCGGCCUGUCGUGGAACGUUUGGCCAAUCGAGUCCUGCCUUUUUUCGAACGCAGCACAAAAACACAGCCUCGCA